AUGCGAAACAUUUUUCGCCAUCGAGGAGCGAUAUCAGCCGCCAAGUUCGCAAUCGAAAGAGCAUUGGAAAUCCUCAAGGAACGUCUUGAAGCACUCCUACUAUAUACCCAGACUCAGGCAGAUCGCGCAACCAUUAGUGAGGAAGUUGAUCAAUGCUGGAAUGAAAUGCAAGGCGAUAAGCACGAAACCGACGCACUCGAGACCAUCACAGCGCUGGAUACACAGCUCAUGAUGGAUGAAGCCAUCGAGACUUCACUCCGACCUCAGAUUACUGAUAACAUCGCAAAUGCUACCGCCGCAUUAACUCUUUCCACCUCACCCUUGCGCAACAAUUCGGCAGGAGAUCAGUCACUGGAUGCUGACAAGGAAAAGCAACAUCGACUUUCGUCAGAAUUGUCAACAACAUCUUUCUCUUCUCCAUUCGUACAUCCAAUCCAGCUACGCAAGUUGGAGAGAUCCUACGCAAUAUCACGAUUUUUGGUGUCGUUUCAAGACAGCUAUAAAUGA